UAGUGGCGGUUGCAGCGAAGCGAAUGUGGACACACUCGCAGAGGAUGAAUCACUGAGCGGCACAACAGUCUGAUCGCGGACACACGCUUCAAUUUCACACAUCACAUAUCAACAAUUAAGGAUCUCCUUAUUAUUUCCGGGCGGAUAGACGACACUUUUUGCUCCCGUCCGCACCUUUUAUUUCGCCAUCAUCUGCUUCGUCUCCUGCCAGCGAGACGCCUGUCAGGCUCGCACACCGGCGUGUCAACGACAAGCAGGAAAAAGAAAAAAUAUUCAUUUCAUUCGGACACACCUUGUACAGGACUGCCCUGAAACCGUUACAAUCAACAUGGAUGAAGACAAUCACGUUCCUGAGGAUCUCUCCCUGGAGGAGAGGGAUGAGCUGUGCAACAUCCGGCGCAGGAAGCGGGAGCUGCUCGACGACAUCGAGAGGUUGAAGUUUGAGAUCGCCGAGGUCAUGACAGAAAUCGAGCAGUUGACGUGCGUUGGCGAGAGUAAGACAUCCCAGAGAAACAAGCAGAUCGCAAUGGGCAGGAAGAAAUUCAACAUGGACCCUAAAAAGGGCAUCCAGUUCCUGCUGGAGAAUGACCUACUUCAGCACACUCCAGAAGACAUCGCCCAGUUCCUCUAUAAAGGCGAGGGUCUAAACAAGACCGUCAUCGGGGACUACCUUGGCGAACGGGACGACUUCAACAUCAAGGUGCUCCAGGCUUUCGUGGAGCUGCACGAGUUUGCAGACCUCAACCUUGUCCAAGCUCUACGGCAGUUCCUGUGGAGUUUCCGAUUGCCGGGUGAAGCUCAGAAGAUUGACCGCAUGAUGGAAGCUUUUGCUUCGCGCUACUGCCAGUGCAACUCCGGGGUCUUCCAGUCUACAGACACUUGCUACGUGCUGUCGUUCGCCAUCAUCAUGCUAAACACUAGCCUGCAUAACCCCAACGUCAGAGACAAGCCCCCUGUGGAGCGUUUCAUCUCUAUGAACAGAGGCAUCAAUGAGGGCGGAGAUCUUCCAGAGGAACUUCUCAGGAACCUCUACGACAGCAUCAAAAAUGAGCCAUUUAAAAUCCCAGAGGACGACGGGAAUGAUCUGACGCAUACAUUUUUCAACCCCGACAGAGAAGGCUGGCUUUUAAAGCUGGGCGGCAGGGUGAAAACGUGGAAGAGGAGGUGGUUUAUAUUGACAGACAACUGCCUGUAUUACUUUGAAUACACAACUGACAAAGAACCACGUGGGAUUAUUCCCCUGGAGAACCUCAGUAUCCGAGAGGUGGAGGAGCCUAGGAAACCUAACUGUUUCGAGCUUUACAACCCCAACCACAAAGGCCAAGUGAUCAAGGCCUGCAAAACCGAAGCGGACGGACGAGUGGUGGAGGGCAACCAUGUUGUUUACAGGAUAUCGGCCCCCACGCAAGAGGAGAAGGAGGAAUGGAUCAAAUCCAUCAAAGCCAGCAUCAGCAGGGAUCCUUUCUACGACAUGUUGGCCACUAGGAAGAGGAGGAUAGCCAAUAAGAAGUAGCCAAAGAGAACCUCCAGUUGCAUUACUGCCACUGAAAUCUUGUGUAUUACGUGACUUUUCUAAGUGGGGCCUCCUUAAAAAAAAUCCCUCUCACCCGUGGAACAGUUGUAUAUUUAAAUAUAGACACUUUUACAUGUUGAUGGGAACCAGCGAGAGGAAUGAGGAUGGAACCACUUUUUCUGCAGUUCAUGUGCAGAUGGCGUCCUCUGUUGGACUUAUAAAGAACUAUAUUUAAUAGAGCCUUAUAUUAAACUUAUAAGGAACUACAUCUAAUAGCGCCCUCUGGUGGAUUUAUAAAGAACUACAUCUAACAGAGCCCUCUGGUGGGCUUACAGAGAACUACAUCUGCUUGAGCCCUCUGUUGGACAUAAAGAAAUCCAUCUAAUUGAACCUCGGAUAAGCGGAAGAAGAUGGAUGGAUGGAUGGAUGGAUGGAUGGAUGAACUCUCUGUUGGACUUAUAAAGAACUACAUCUAUUAGAGCCCUCUGGUGGGACUUAUGAGGAACUACAGCUAUGAACCCAUAAGAAGCCUCAAUCGAAGUACAGUAAUCAGCUGGUCUGAUUUGUUUAUGCAAAAUGCACCGAUCUACUCCUAAUCUUUUAUGAUAUUGUUGGAAAAUUGGUUAGCAAAUUAGAACUUUUGCACUAUUAUUUGGUAAUGAAGUAGCAAUUCCAAUCAGACACAUUUUAGGAAGAUCCAUCUUUUCCUGAUAAUUAUUUGGCAAUUUAUUUUAACAAAAUCACCAGUUUACAGUCGGCAUGAAAAUGAUGUACAUAGUUCUUUUCUCCCCUUGUUCUUUUACGUAGUUUGUUGAUCCUUUUAUGGACAUUUGACCAUACACUUUCACAACCACAGAGGCACGUAUGCCUCAAAUUACAUAUUGUAUCUGUAAGUUAUUUUUAGCGAUAUAGUAAAAAUACAAAAAUGACGAUUUGACUGCUCGGCACAGUUCUUUGGUUAUUUCAUAAACUUAUGAGAUUUUUCUGAAAAAAAUACAUUCUAAAAUAACUAAACCUAUGAACAGAGAAUUCUGAUCUUGCAUUCAUUAUAAGUGCUUAUUCACCUUGUAUACAAGGUUGUUGAACUACAAUCUCUUGUGUAAAAAAAAAAAAAAAAGGUAAACUUUUUUUAACCUGCUAAAUAGUUCUUUCUUAACCUGUUUUUCAGUGCAGUUUUCACACAAGUCAAAAGACAACAGUCCAAUUUCUGACAUUACCAAAUGUAUUUUAAGGCAUUUACCUUGUACAAUGUAUAAAUGCUGACAUGCUAAAUUAAAGGAAUAACACAAGCGUUCACAAUCCA